AUGCCGCUGCAGAGAUUGGCCAGAAAUGAUAUCACCAGUGCAAUAACAAAAUCCCCGUGGACGACAAACUUUCGCCACCUCCUUCCGGUCACCAAAAGGCUUAAACGUGCCUUGGAACGUCCGACUUGGAAAACUUUCAGCAAGAAGGUUGCUGAAACAAGAGAUCGUAUAAAAUAUUGGAACGUAGUGCCUGGAGACCAGAUACGACUGCUUCGUGAUACAAGGGGUACUCUUCAAGAAGUUUUGGCCAUUAACAAAUUCAGAAACCGAGUGUAUGUUCGCGGGCUUCAGUAUCAGCAAGAAGAGGCAGAUGAACAAGUACGACGUAAAAACAAAAACUACCACUAUUCCAGGUGCCAGCUUUACUUGGGGGAAUACGAGUUUCCGGCAAAAGAUGGAACAACCAAACCACAGACUCUUCCAGUUUUCGCAAAGCGUCUAGGAAGCUCUCCCCCUAAAUGGAAUUCGUUUUUACGCCGGUAUCAAUGGGAUAGAUAUGCAACUGCGACAACGCCAACUAUUCCUCAUCUCAAGGGCGAACGUAUCAACAUCCCUUGGCCGAAACCAGAGCCUCGUACGCACGCGGAACCAACCCGGUACGAUACCCCAAGAGGGGAAGUAGUAAAGGUUACUUAUCAACCCCCACCUUUCACCCCCACCCUCAAGGGUUUAAUACCGAGAACUCCGACUGAAAGAGAAUUCUUGAGUUCUCUCUAUAACUCACCCAAACAUACGCAUCAACAGCAGCAGGUUGAGCAGUUUUUGUUCAAAGAACUAUCCAACCCUCAUUCACGGGCGAAGAAGCUGAAGCGCUGGCAAUCCGCUCAAAUACAAAAGAAAGCCCUUCUCAAAAGUAUGAUUGACGAUGAAUUGAAGGACCUCAGUGGGCGAACCGUAGGAGAGGCCAGGGCGGAAGCUACUUUCAAAUGGCGUCAAAACCUGGAUCAGGAGAAGAAGGCACUCAGGAAAGCCAGAUGGCAGCGCCGUGGAGGAGAGGCCAAACUCGAGAGGAAGCAUGUAAGGAGGCUUAGAAAAGAGGAGAAGAAGAGGGAUAGGUUAACUGCGUUGACGUUGAAGGAGGAACCCAACCAAGUCGUACCGAUCGUGUAA